AUGCAGCAUCCAUCAUUAAAUAAUUUUAUUGAUUAUUCAUCAUUUGAUGAUUCAAUAAAUUUGGAUGAAUUUAUUUCCAAUAAAAAUGGUAAUCCAAUAACAUUAGCAAAAUUAUUUGCACUUUUAAGAACAUGGAAUAAUACUGUACAUAAAAGUUUUACUAAGCUUAUUUAUUUGACAUUGGAAAAUGAGAUUGAUAUUAAUGAAUUUGAUGUUAUAACAGGAAUGAAUUUACUUCAUUUUACAUGUAAAUUUGGAGCAAAACAAUUAGGAUAUGAAAAUGAAGCCGUACAAGUUAUGAAUUUACUUAUUGAAAAAGGUAUCAAUCUCUCAGCACAAUGUUUAUGGAUACAAAUGAAUUGUCUUCAUUAUUGUGCUUUUUUUGAUUCUCCAUCAGUUUGUGAACUUCUUUUAAAACAAUCUAAAGUUUUAUCAUUAUUAAAUCAACCAUGUUCUUCAUUUAAAAAUGAAUCUCCUCUUCAUCUAGCAUGUACAGCUUUAUCUCAAUCAACAGCUCAAAUUCUUGUACAAGCUGGAGCUAAUAAACAAAUACUUGAUAAUGAACAACGAACACCUACAGAUUGCAUUCCAAAAACAAAUACGAAAGAACAACAAGAAAUUGCCGAUGCAUUACGAAUUCUUCUUCAAGAUCAAGAAUGUAUACAACAACCAUCACUUUUACUCGAUUCACUAAUUAAUUCGGACAAUCAUAUUGCAGCACAAUUUCAAAUAGGUGAACGAGUUCGACUAGCAAAUAAUAAAACUGGAACAAUAAAAUAUUUUGGUAGUGUUCCAUUUGGUGUUAAUCUUUGGUAUGGUAUAGAACUCGACGAAUCAACUGGUAAACAUGAUGGUUGUAUAGGAGGUAUACGUUAUUUUACGUGUCCACCAAAUAGAGGUAUCUUUGUACAACCAUCAUCUUUACAAAAACUAACACCAGUACCUCAAUCACCUGAACGCGAACGUCGAUUUCGUCCAAUUAAUUUUCCUACGGUCGAUACUAGUAGUAUUACAAGUCGUGUUGAUACUGGUUUAAAACGAGAUAAUUCAGCAGACGGUCGACCAACAGAACAGUAUCAUACAAAUGAUCGAGUAUUUCUUUCGAAAAAUCGAUGUGGAACUAUAAAAUAUGUUGGACCAACAUCAUUAGGAUCUGGGAUAUGGUAUGGCAUUGAAUUGGAUUUACCUGAUGGUUUACAUGAUGGAUUUUUAAGUGUUGAUGGACAACGCUAUUUUCAAUGUAAACCACAACAUGGUGUAUUUGUACGAAAUCAAAACUUGAAAAAAUUAAAUAACAAUGAUCGACUAACACAUUCAUUAUCGAAUUCAUUAGAUCAUCAAACAAAACGAAAUUCAAGAAUGACAACUUCAGAUUAUGAUACAGCAAUGACAGCUUCAAGUAUUGUUGAAGACGAUCCAAUUAGUAAAUCUAUGGCAUCUAGUGUGCACAGUAUUACAUUUCAUAUAGGUGACAAAGUAUAUUGUCAUAAUCAUCUUGCUAUUGUACGUUUUAUUGGUAGAACAGUGUUUGCUGAUGGUAUUUGGAUCGGUAUUGAAUUUGUUUCACGACCACUUGGUAAAAAUGAUGGAUCUGUUAAUGGACAAAUUUAUUUUCAAUGCAAACAAAAUCAUGGUUUAUUUAUACGACCAAAUCGAUUAACAUUAACUAAAAAAUAA